AUUUAAAUGCAGAAAAAUGAUUAUUUUCAAAUAACAUCUUACAUUAACAGUAUGGUUCAACUAGUGUAAAUGCACAGUGAUAACCACCUUUAUAUUAAAAUUAAUACAAAACAAAGUGUUACUAAAAUGCACAACAGUCUAAUAGCAUGCAUCAGAACUAUUAAAAUUUUAUUUGCAGAAAGUCAACAGUUACAGAAAUACAGGCCAUUUGUGAAGAUUUGGUUGAUAUGUUAGCAUGUACUCCUGUCGAAGAAUCUAUUGUUAAAGAUAUCCAUGACUGUUUAUCUACAUUAUAUACAGAUUAUAUUAAUACAAGGCUGGCUGUAAGGUCGUCUGCUGCUGAUGAAGAUGGUUCAGAAGCCUCAUCAGCUGGUCAGAUGGAAACAUUUCUUGGUGUCAAAGGAACAACUCAGAUAUUAGAAGCUGUUAGAAAAUGUUGGGCAUCUGCUUAUACCUAUCAGGCUGUAGAAUACCGUAGACAACAUGGUCAAGCUAUUAAAACUAGUGUUGGGGUAGUAAUACAAAAAAUGGUCCUAUCUGAUGUGGCAGGAGUUCUAUUCACUGCUGAUCCUGUUAAUGGAGAUACAAGCGUGAUGACUAUUAAUGCUAAUUAUGGUUUGGGAGAGUCUGUUGUUAGUGGUAAAUCUGAUCCAGAUACAAUAAGAAUACAUAGAGAAUGGAAAGAUAAGCUAACAAUAAUAAAUAAACAUAUAGGUGAUAAACAGUCUCUUAUUACACUUAAAGAAAAUGGUGGUAUAAAAGAAGAAGGUGUGGAAACUAAAUACAGAGCAGAAUGCUGUCUUACUGAUGAAAUGAUAUUAAAUCUAGCUCAAAUCGCCAUUAUGUUAGAGAAAUAUUUUGGUAAUAGUCGUGAUAUAGAAUGGGCAGUUAAAGAUGAUACUGUUUAUUUAUUACAGUGCCGACCUAUAACUACAGCUAUACAAGAAACAGAAGAUGAUAUCAUACAUGAAUUUGAUAGUGCUUUUUCAUCUGAUAUAGAAUGUGUAACUACAGGCAACAUAGGUGAAAUGAUGCCAGGGGCAGUAACUCCACUUACAUUAAGUACAUUUGCCCGAUCUAUAGAUUAUGCUCUCCAGAAUUUUAAUUUUGGUAUGGGUGCAAGAAGAGGAAUUAGUUCUGUAAUGUGUGGUAUAAAAUCAUGUUCAAAUCAUUUAUUUAUAUCAUUAUUUCAAACAGAGUGUAUUGUUCUAUCUGUUGGAUCGACAAAAAAAGAAAUGGCUGAACUAGCAUUAUUAGGAGAAGUUCUUUCUAUUAUAACAGUAGAUAAACUGUUAAAGUAUGUUGGUAAAGAAGAAGGAAUAUUUAUGAAAAUUAUCAAUUUUUUAAAGAUGCUUAGGAUGAUAUCAAGAGGAUUACGUCGAACUAAAGAAUGGGAAAAACGUCUACCGAAUUAUAGUAUUGGUGUUGGGUGUCAAGAUUCCAUCAGUUUAUACCAGGAUAUAUCAGCUAAAUUAACAGAUUAUACAAUGGUGUGGGAUUGUACUACAAAUAACAGUUCUAGAUCUAGCAGUUGGACCUCUGUAUUAAUGUCUAUUCUUACUAAAGGAAGUCAGGAAUGGAAGUCAGAACAUUAUGGAGAUUUAGCGAUAUUGUUAGCAGAGUGUGAGGACGUCUAUUCAGCUGAAGUGCCUUCUGCUAUUCAAAAUCUGGCAAAAGAGAUAAACGACACUGGCUUAAGAGAGAAGUUUCUGCAAAUAUCUGAUUUGGAGUGUGUUCAAGUCAUCUACAGCGGUAGACAUGAAAAUCUUCUGGCUAGUUUUAAACGAUUUUUGUCCAGACAUGGUCAUCGUUGUGUACGAGAGUCUGAAAUUUAUGAAAAGUCAUGGCAGGUUGAACCCGAAAAGUUAAUUAAAGUAAUAAAAGCCAUUCUUCUGUCACGGUCUUACAAAAGGCCACCAAAGUCAACUAGUAGCAUAGCUGAUACCAUUAAUCAAAUGAAAACUGAAUUACCGGCAUUCCAAAGAUGGAUAAUAAAAUUUCUUUUACCAAGAACAAGGAAGGCUGUGGGAGAUCGAGAAUGGGGCAAGUCAUUAUCUAUUGAGAUGUCAGAAAAAUUCAAAAAGGCAUAUUGGAUACUUGCUGAUUUAUUAGUUGAUGAGGGACGUAUACCAGAAGCAGAUCUGAUGUUUUAUUUGACUCACGCAGAGAUUGGAACCUUAUUAAAAACCAGAUCAGCUAGAUUAAUUAUGAGAGCUAGCAGACGAAGGAAAAUCCACCAGAAACAGAUGCUAUAUAAAUUUAAAAAAGUAGUUUCCGGUCAUCCACAAUUAGUUGAAGAUGGAGUAGAGGUUUCUGUAAGUGCAGAUUUUACAUGGACAGGAUUGCCAGUAAGUCAGGGUACAGCCCAUGGAACAGCCAGAGUUGUAACAACUCUACAAGAUGCAGGCAAUAUUCAGUCUGGUGAUAUACUAGUGGUAACAUGUACAGAUGUAGGCUGGUCACCAUAUUUUCCUUUAAUUAAUGGUUUGGUAACAGAAGUUGGUGGACUUAUUUCCCAUGGUGCUGUUGUAGCUAGAGAAUAUGGUAUACCAUGUGUAGUUAAUAUAUGUAAUGCUACAAUACAAAUCAAAUCAGGAGAUCAGCUAUAUAUUGAUGGUAAAGCUGGUAUUGUUGUAAGAUCGUGCCAGUGAGGACUGUCAGACAUAACAGUUUUUAACUCCUUUUGUAUUGUACAAUAUUUUGGAAAGUCAGAACGAACCUGGGAUCAUCAUGUGUAUUAUGACAUACCUUUUAUUUUUUUUAUUAAAGUGGUAUUUUUAUACUCCCACAUUGAAGUGUGGAUGUGACCAUUGUAUACUGCAGUAGCCUUGUAAAGUAACUGCGGGAAGACUGCACAACACAAGAUAAACACUCAGACAAUAUAUAAAGACAAUUCAAACAACGAAUCAAGUAAAUGAUAUGUUGGGUCUUUCAGAAUAUGUAUCAUUUGUUCUGUUUAUGUUUUGUUGUUAAGUUCUCCUGUAUUUUGAAUUAUUUCCUACAGUUACCCCCCUUCAUAAAUGACUGUUUAUCUUGAACAAUUAAUUACAGGUUUACUGCCCUUGAUUAGUAAAAGCUUGUCAAGAUCGUAAGGGUCCAAAUUAUGAUACAUUCUCACCAGUGAUAAGACUCAAAAGCUCCUGCCCUAGAGCCAAUUAAAAGAUUAGCUACCUACCCCUAGACUCAUUAAAUCAGCCGGGCCCAUCUCCCUAAGCCAAUUAGUGGAUUAUUGUUAAUCCUAAUACCCUCUACAAAAUUGAAAAUAACUAAACAAAUAUUUUCUAUACAAAGAAAUACUCUGUUACAAAAAUGUACAGAUUGUGGUGUUCUUUCCAAUGAUAUAAAAUUCAAUUGUACAAAGUGGCAACUAUAUAUAAGGCCUACUAUAAAUAAUAUUGAAAAGUCAUAGUUCCACUAAAAUUAUGACUUUUCUGUCAUAAUGGUAAAAUAAUGUGAACAAGUAGGCCUAUUCCCUAAGAUUUUUUUUUUUUAAAUAGAGCGCAAAUAUAGUCCCUCACGUUGGCAGCAGUGUUCAAAGUAAAUAUAACUUUUAAAAAGAAAUAUCGCUCCAAAUGACCGUAACUUCAGCUGCUGGCAGUUGGCAUUUCUGCCUUUUUGUUUGGAUAUGGCUGGAAUUGUCGUUUUCUUUGCUUCAUUGCGUCGAAAUUAAAAAUAUAUACUUGAAAUCUUCGACUGUAUAAUAAUCCUAUAUGUAGUAUAUAUCAAAUCCUAAAAGUUUUGAUUCUAUUUAGCUUUCCGAAGUCUAGAAUUAUUAUCCGUAAGUUUUGUGGUAUCGACUGUCUGGAAGCCUAUUCAAGAUGGCGGCCGACACGCUUGAUCUUGGCUGGAUUAUACGUAUUCUUUGCACCAUAACGUCACCAUAGGUCUCGAGUUGGUAUUCGAAUCGGUUCUCGUAAACGCGAUGAGUUGCCUCGCAAGAUGGCUGAAGACUGAAGAAUUGAGGAAAUAUGUUAAAAAAAUUCACUUUUCUUUAUUAUGUUCUUGGCGACACCGCCCAAAAAUAAAAAAGAAAAGUUGUACCAGUUGACUGUCCCCAAAUGCCCCGUAUUUUUAUUAGGAAUGUCCAUAAUAUUCAUAUUUUAACGUGAAUUUCAAAAGAAAAUGAUCUAGCAACGGGCACGUCAUAUCCCUUGUUGGGGACGCCAUCUUGGAAAUCGAAUCGUCAAUCCAGCAGGCGAGCAAGUUGCAUAAUCGAUUUGGCAAAUCGUCGUGGUAAAUACGACAAUUAGGUGAAACCGAUUAGGCUAAUUUUUGCCGUAAAUGUGUUUUGGAAAGGAAAUGCAAAUCGUUGACACGGUGUGAAUUUUCACCUCUGACGUAAAUACCAGAAGCAGAAGAUCCUUUUUUGAAACGUAUGUUUUUUAUUCGAUAAUUGGUGUUUUAUUUUUAUUACUCAAUCACCAUUAAUUUAAGAAAUAAAAACAAUAGAAAUCAGUUGAUUGAUCUGGAGCUUUUGUUCGCUUAUGCCUUUGUCAAGUAUGAUGGGUUGUAUGUGAAAUCUUUAAACAAUGGUGUUGUGAACUUUAUAGACAAAUUAAAAAGUUGCUUAAAACACAGAAAUUGAAAUUUUCAUUUCUGAUUUAAAGUCAGACAUAUUCAGUGUUGUGAGAUAAUGUAAUUAUCAUUUUCUCUAAGUUGUUUAUUUUGUCCACUUUCCUACAGACGGUUAAAGGCUGGAUAAAGGCUGUUGAGCGUUGGCAUCCAGGUGCAGAUCCAGGGGGGGGGGGGGGCCCAGGGGGCCGUGGCAUCCCCCCCCCCUCAUCCCCAGUGAGACUGGUCGUCACUGUUCAGACCAGCACCUGCAGCCAGCAAUGGGAUUCCCAGAUUUUAGUUUCUGUUUAAUGAGGCCGCGACAAAGACUCUGGGGACUACACCAAACCACUAAUGCAUGCGGCACUCUGAUGAUUACCCUUUGCUCAAUGUAUGGCCCCCCGCUCGACAAAAUCCUGGAUCCGGGCCUGGCAUCUUAUUUAUGAAUUUGUUGUUAACACCUGGAGAAUGCUGUGCAGAUGCCUUUAAAUUUUUUUUUUUUUUACCUUCUCUAAGAAUAUUAUACCGUUUUAUUGUAUCUUUUGAUUUAUCUAUGUCUUGUGCACGUCUGCAUUGUUUAAUUUUAUAGAUUUUACAUUGGUUCUAUUUAUCAAUGACUUUUAUGUAUUUUUGUACUUAUACAUUUUAAACUGAUGUUGAUAUGUAAACAUACAAUUAAUAAACCAACAUUUCUUAUAUUUAUUGUCAUUUCUUCU